UGAAGUGGCUGUGUGAAACCAGGUCCACAAAAGAAUCAGUAGAGCUUGAAGGGCAGUUAAGAGGACAGUGUGGAAAGAUACAACAUGUCCUUGGUCCGAUAGUGAUGUUGACUUCUGGAUUAAAGUCCACAAUGACACUGUAAAAAAGAUGCAGCUCCACCAGGACCUUUCUUAUUGUAGGCUUCUUAGGUAGGUUAAGCAUAUUAGCAAAGAGAUAGUGAGGAUUGUUGACCUUUGCUGCCAAAAGUGAUAUAUUAUAAAGUGUUAUAUUAUAAAGCUGCCAGGACUGGAUUUGUCUUCCUUUCAAGCAAUUGUACAUGACUGCUGUUUCACAGUUAAGCAAGAGGUGGCCAUUUCAGUCUUUGAAAAAAUGCAAGUACAAGAGAUUCUAAGGAAUUUACGCCUUCCAGAAUUUGAAGACUUCAGCCAGUUUUUCCGAAGCCUGCCAGCUUCUACUUUGGUGGGCAUUGGUGCCUUUGCAGCUAUUAUUGCAUAUUGGCUUGUCAAUCGUCCCAAAGCGGUAAAACCACCAUGUGAUCUCCUAAAGCAAUCAGAAGAAAUUGAGGGCAGGAAUAGUGCACGGAGAUCUGUAAUUGGUGACAACGCCCAUUUGCUAACUCAUUACUAUGAUGAUGCAAGGACUAUGUAUGAAGUUUUUAGAAGGGGUUUUAAUAUAUCUGAAAAUGGUCCCUGCUUAGGAUUUAGGAAAUCUAAUCAGCCUUAUCAAUGGUUAUCCUAUAAAGAGGUUGCUGAAAGAGCAGAAGCAUUGGGAUCAGGCUUACUCCAAAAGGGAUGCAAAUCAUCACCAAACCAAUUUAUUGGAGUCUUUGCCCAAAACCGUCCAGAGUGGAUCAUUUCUGAGCUGGCUUGCUAUACCUAUUCCAUGGUUGUGGUUCCCCUGUAUGAUACAUUAGGCCCUGGAUCCAUUCGUUAUAUUAUUAAUACAGCUGAUAUUUCUAUAGUAGUUUGUGAUAAACUUGAAAAAGCCACAGUCCUGCUAGAACAUGUAGAAAGAAAACAAACACCAGGCUUGAAAUUAAUUAUUUUGAUGGACCCCUUUGAAAAGGACCUUAAAGAAAGAGGACAAAGAUGUGGAGUUCAAAUCCAGGCUAUGCUGGAAGUAGAGAACUGUGGUCGGGAAUUCUGGCAUGCUCCUGUACCUCCUCGCCCAGAAGAUCUAUCAAUUGUCUGCUUUACUAGUGGUACCACAGGUAACCCAAAAGGUGCUAUGCUGACUCAUGGAAAUGUGGUGGCUGAUUUUUCAGGUUUUUUGAAAGUGACAGAGAAAGUGAUCUUUCCGAGACAGGACGAUGUACUCAUCUCGUUCCUACCUUUGGCUCACAUGUUUGAGAGAGUGAUACAGUCUGUAGUGUAUUGUCAUGGGGGUCGAAUUGGCUUCUUCCAAGGGGAUAUUCGCUUGCUGUCCGAUGACAUGAAAGCUCUGCGUCCCACCAUCUUUCCUGUUGUACCAAGACUACUCAACAGGAUGUACGAUAAGAUUUUUAGUCAAGCAGACACUCCUGUGAAACGCUGGCUUCUUGAAUUUGCUGCUAAUCGUAAAAAAGCAGAAGUUCAAAGUGGAAUCGUUAGAAAUGACAGCAUAUGGGAUUUAUUAUUCUUUAACAAAAUACAGGCAAGCCUGGGUGGUUGUGUUAGGAUGAUUGUUACUGGAGCUGCUCCUGCUUCACCUACAGUUCUGGGUUUCCUUCGAGCGGCAUUAGGAUGUCAGGUUUAUGAAGGCUAUGGUCAAACAGAGUGUACAGCUGGGUGUACCUUCACCACUCCGGGAGAUUGGACAUCAGGCCACGUCGGAGCACCUCUGCCUUGUAAUUUAAUUAAACUGGUGGAUGUUGAAGAAUUGAAUUACUUUUCUUCCAAAGGAGAGGGAGAGAUCUGUGUCAAAGGUCCCAAUGUUUUCAAGGGCUACUUAAAAGAUAAAGAGAGAACAGCUGAAGCCUUGGACAAGGAUGGCUGGCUUCAUACAGGGGAUGUUGGAAAAUGGCUGUCUAAUGGGACACUCAAAAUCAUCGAUCGAAAAAAACAUAUAUUUAAAUUGGCUCAGGGAGAAUACAUUGCACCAGAAAAAAUUGAAAAUAUCUACAUUCGUAGUGAACCUGUCUCCCAAAUAUAUGUGCACGGAGAUAGCUUACAGGCCUUUCUGGUGGGGAUUGUUGUACCAGAUGCUGAAGUCAUGCCAGGCUGGGCCAAGAAAAGGGGCUUUGAUGGAAGCUUUACAAAUCUUUGCAACAAUAAGGAACUGAAAGACGCUAUAAUGGAAGAUAUGGUGCAAUUAGGAAAAGAAAGCGGACUUCAUUCAUUUGAACAGGUUAAAGCAGUUUCCAUCCAUUCUGAAAUGUUCUCAGUACAAAAUGGUUUGUUGACACCUACAUUAAAAGCCAGGCGACCAGAGCUGAGAGAAUACUUCAAGAAACAAAUAGAAGAACUUUAUUCAAGUAUCUCCAUCUGACAGCACAGGAAGGUUCUUCAGAAUAAUGUACUCUGUAGCAAUAUUAGGAUAAUUUUGAAAAUGUGAAGGAUGCAGUUGACAUGAAUAAGCAUCUGACUUUCCACAUGAGCCUUCUGCUGUCUGAAGACACGGUCACUGAGUAAUUCUUUGCCAUCUAGUUCUAGGUCCUAGAAGAUUGCAUAGCCCAUACUGGACAACCAUUAAACUUUUUAAAAGUUCCACUCCUUGAAAGUAUUUGACAGGACUUUCUUUAUUAAUGCGUACAAAACUCCCUUAGCAAACAGGAAAGAAAUCUGCUUUUUGUGUGACGCUCCUCUAAAUCUGGAUUCAGCCGUGUGAUCUGUAGGAUUUCCAGAUGUCUCUCUGGAUGGGUACUGCUAAGAACUCUUUAGAAGCAGGAGAUUCUUGCCCUGAUUCACAGGUAUACAUCAUGCACGCAUCUUCUUUUUAAGAGUUUGUCCUUCCAAGUACCACUGAGUGCAUAUGUAACCAAGAAUUCCUCAUUGCAACUGAGCUCUUAAAAUUCCAGGGAGAUAUCUGACAAAGGCUAGUAGUCUACCUCAAAUACUCUUUGACGCUCAAAGCCACAAUAAAUCUAUUAACCUGAUACAGAACUGAAAGCUGGAAUUGUGUAAUUGUUCUUUAAAUGGCAGCUGUUAUGCUCUGCAUACAAAAGUUGAAUUUGUUGGGGAUAGUCAAUUCACACACAGGAAUAACUUGUACUUCAUAUGUAUUAAAUAUGCUGAACCUAGUGCCACAUGCUAGAUGAAUAGUAACUUGUGAUUGUCACUAUAGGGCCUCACACUUUCCAAAAUGGGCAAGACUUGUUUACUGGACACACUUUUGAAAGAUGUUGAUUGCUUUCUAUUUUGGCAGCUACCCAAUUGAAAUUUAUAAAAGGAAAUCUAGUUUUUGUGAACACGCUGUAUAACUUUCAUUUAUGCCUUCUACUCUAAAUAUUUUUCCCCACAUAUUUAACAGAAGAAUGGGGGAACUGAGUGCCUGUUUUCCCUUUGCAUUGCUUUAGAUUACACAACAGCAUCUUGAGCAGUUUCAUUUACGUAAAGAUUGCUGAGAUUAUUGGGGACCUAAUAUUUAGCAAAUAUGGAAGGCCUCAGGAUUCUAGCCAUUGACAAGCUUUUUCAAGAGUUCUGCAGAAACUAUUUUAAAAGAUAUAGAGAGGAUGUGGGGUUUCUAAGUCAAUUGGUGGGUCUCAAGUAACAGAUUUAAGGUACUUUAAAGUAGAUUGUUCUCUUCCAUCUUUGGCUGAAUGUACAGUACAUAAACUAGAAAAAGUUUAGUCCUAUAUUUGAGACUUCCUUUCUGUGUUCAGCAUGUGAACAAUUCACUUAAAUCAAUAUCAGAACUUCAGUAAAGAAAUUAACUGUUCUGGAGAAACUAACAAGAAAAGGUUGCUUGACCCAUAUACAUCAGACAUUAGUUCUUCUGUGGAAAUUGAAAACUUAAUACUAUUGGGUUUGAUUC